AUGUUGGAUCAUGAAAAUGUGAAGCUGAAAAGGAUAAACGAAAAACUCCUAUCCCUGUUGAAUAGGUACAGGUGUGCAUACCUGAUUUCUCUCGAUCUUGUAAAUUUUUACGAAGAGGUAAUCAGAAGGAGAUGCAAAGAAAAUGGAGGGAAGGAUCUUCUUGAGGGAUUGAAGAGGAGGAAGCAGUUAAAUGACACAUGGGAGGAAGAAAUGGUCAUGAGAAAGAAAUUAAAAAUGAAGUUACCCAUGAAUGAAGGGUCUAUUGAGGUGACACAGUGUGGAGGCAUCGGUCAGGGGGUAGACAGUGCGGGGAGGGUUUCCCCCCCGUUGGUAGGGAAGGAAAAUUGUAGUGAGGAGAGGUAUAGUUCGGGAGAUAUUCCCGUAGAUACAACCAACAUAGUGCCUACUUCCGUGCCCAAAGCCCCGGAAACGAUUCAUCACCAAGGGAACCAGUCCUCCCAUGCAAAAUCCAGUGCCAUCAUCCACGAAAGUAACAAAUCCAACUACGUAAAUCUGGGGGCUCUAGACUUCAGUGCAUACAAGGAAGACUCCGAAGGUUGCGUAAAAUAUUUCGAAAAGAAAAAAACACAAUUGAGCAAUGAUAAGGGGAACACAGAAUCAUGUUACGACAACUCUGGUAGACAGCUACAUCAAUCUGAAUUCAGGAGGCGGCCUCUCUUCAAUCAAUCUGUAUAUGGGUCAAAGCAGAGUGUAAUUAAAGGUGCCUUGAAUAGGGAGCUUCCCUUUAGCCAUAAAAGCAUAUACAUGGACAAGCACUCAAAAUUGCAGGGUGCCAAAAAGGAAGACAUUCUCACUAACAGGAGCGUGUAUGUUACUAGUGGGAGAGGCAUUGGAAGUGGCAUCGGGAUGAAUAACCUAUUGAGUAAAAAUAUGGGCCUUGCAAGGAAAGUUGUAAAAAAUGAACUACACAAAGGGGGAUCCAUUGCGCCGUCCCAUAGGCCAAUAACCAACUUAAAUAAAAGCGUUUAUGUAGAAACAAAAGGAGCCCAUAACAGGGACAGCCAUUUAAGCGAAGGAGUUGGUUGCAGCAACAAGGCUUCACUUUUAACUAGGGAUAACUUGAAAAAGGGGGAGAGCGCUGUGAACAAGAAGGUUGGCAUGUUGAACAGACCGAGCGGGUUUCAAAAUAGCGUCUACGUGAAGAGGAUGAAUUCUACUAUUGGUGGAAGUAGUGGAGUUGUUGGUGGUGGCCCCAUUAGCUUUUCCCCCCCUGAUGCCAGGAAGGGUGGGCCAAACAAAAGCGUGUACAUGAGAAGCAACACAUUCGCUAUUAGCAACAAAAAGAGGAAAACAAGCGAAGGGGGAGAAAAUUUCAAGUGCUCAUCAGCUAACGAUACGGUUAAAGCUGAAGGAAAAGUCACUCACUUGUACGAUGGGGUGGCGGUUCAGAGGGAAAAAAUGUCCACCGUAGGUCUUUGCAUCGAGGAGGAAAAUAACCUAGAUGAAAAUAUAAAGGAAAAUAAGAGAAAAGAAAGUCUCGACAUGGUGGUAUAUUUUCAUCAUUCAUAUGAACCAUUAACUUUGGAAAAUGUUGAGUUCCUAAUGGGCAACGAAAUUAUCGAUGGAGAGCAUGCCCGUGGUGGUAACUCACUAGGGGAUAACCAAGAGGGAGAUGUAGGAAGAGACGAUCGAGUUCACAUAAGCUCAGUAGAAAACGGCAAACGUGGAGAAUACUAUAUGAAGGAAUGUCUAGCGAGGACAGAAGGUUACUCACCUGAGGCGGAAGAGCACAACGCAGGUUUUGUAUCUUUUAAGAAGGAAACACUUUCCAAAUUGGUGCAGAAAGGUGAGGAGAAGAGUUCCAUUCACCUAGGGGAGAUAACCCCUGUUGGUGAUGACAUGGAUGGCCACUCAAAUGAAAAGAGUGCGCAUUCGGGGGAGGAAAAUUUUCGUAUGAACCAUAACUCCUUGUUGGGUAGAGAAGGAACUAUCUCGUCAGGUGAACGUGCGAAGGAAAUGGAUAAAGACCACCCUGAGGGAGGAAGAAAGAUGAAGGAGGAUAAGCCAGACAUGGAGAGAAAGAAUAAGAAGGAACCAAUGAAACCUCUUAGCCACCACAUGGGUAGUGAGGAAAUGGGCCGCCUGAACAAUGAUUCGUGUGGAGAAGAGGAAGGCGAGCCUCGCGUAAAAGGGGGAGAAGGUAUAGGUGGAAUAUUUACAGUCGUUGAAAGUGGCCAACUGGGAAGAACAAAACAGACAAGGAGUGAAAUGCCCCUAAAAUUUCAAAGCAUCAUUUUAAGCAUAAAUGACGAAAUUAAAAGGAAGUUAAAAGGAGGGAUUGAAAAAGGUGAAAUUAUGAAUGCAUCCAAAGGUGCAGAAUCAAAUACAAGUGGGAAUAUAUCUGAUUUUACGAAAUCAUUGAAGAGGAGUAUGCUGCUGUGUGAAGGAGAGAAGAAAAAUGAAGGAGUGGAGAUAGAAAGAAAUAUUAAUAACAACAGAGCGAAUCUACACAUAGAGAUUAGCACGUCUGUAGGAUACAUUUCUCUCGACAUGAUUGACCUUGAUAAAGCUAUGUACGAAGGUCUGUUCAGUUGCAAAGACAUGGAAGGUAGUUUGAUUCCAAGUGAGGAAAACGUAAAAGAUAUAGCCAUGUACGAUGAAAUUCUCAAGGAAGAAGCAAAGGGUAAUUUUAACAACAUCUCUCCAUACAGCAUAAACAAUGAGAAUAAAUUAAUGUUUAGUAGAAGGAGCCAAAUUAGUCUAUUCAAAUCGUCACAAGAGAUUAAAAAUGAAAUGAUGGAAUUUUUAGGAGUGUCCAUUUUUUAUUCUAUCAAUAUGGAGUCUCUCUUCCCAUCAGUUUCGUUAGUCAAUGAUGAAAAACUAGCAUUGUGGUUCACCAAAAGGGUUAGAGAAAAAAAUAUGAACAAGAAUGUUUUAGCCAAAUCGUACUAUAGAAAUAAUAAUCCCUUGGGUGGAAGAAUCAAAAAGAGGUUGAGUUGUAUGGGGUACUUCACCCAACCAGUAACCAUCAUGUUGUGCUCUUUGAAACGACAAAGCGAAUUUAAGAAUUUGAAGAAAAUAAUUUCCGCUGUUGUUCUCUGUACAUGUGAUUCUACUACCUUAGAAAAAAUGUUGCACACCAUACCGGAAGCGAGUAGCAAAAAUUUUUCUCUCUGGACAGAGGCCUUGCAUAGGCUGGAAAGUCAGCUGGGGCUGAAGAGGAAAAGGAGGAUAAUUCGAAAGUUGUUGCGAGCAGGCGGAGGGGAAGAUACACGGAGGGAUGACGAAAGAAAAGGAAUGGGUCUGGCGAAUCCACGUGACAGUGACCCCUACGUUGAAGAGUCUGGGUCAGAUGAGAAUGGUGAGGAUGACGACCAAACGGGAAGGAAAAAAAAACAGGAUGAUCAAUUUGAGUUGAAGACAUACGAUUUUAUGAAAGGAAUGAAUACCUACGAUGGUUGUUUAAGUGAUUCAUUUUCGUCCAAAGGGGUAGAAGAGUUAGACAAUGCAACACACACAUCCAUGUCUUCAUCCAGAGGAACCCUUAUCCAAGAGAAGCAAAAUGAAGAAAAUUUUGAAACAUAUGAAGAUGAAGAAUUCUGCCUAUUCAUAUGUACCAUCCCAAAUGUUCACAAGAGAUUUCGCUAUCUGGUGUUGAUAGAGAAUUUUCAUUUUAUUUAUGAGGAUCUCCUAAAGCAUAUUCAUAAUAAGCUAAUGAUCAUCGAGCUGAUAGCAAGUAAGCAUCUUCUUCUCAAGCAGCUCUUCUGCAACAUUUUGUUUUUGUGUAAUUGGUUAAAUGAGCCGAAAAGGUACCGGUGGUUUCAGUGGGACACAGUUGUGAAGAAGGUAGAAAUGCUUCAUGGAUAUUUAGAAAAUGGAAGAAUAUCGAGGGAUAGAUGCAUGUUGGUUCUUCUGGCGGAACACACAGGGGAGAUUUUCAGCGACAAGGAACUGCAGGAGUUGAAGAAGGUUAGCAAGUUUCACUUAAAGGACCUAUAUGAUAGAUCCAUCGAUUUUAUUAACUCUUUCCUUGAAUUGCGUGGAGAAAUGGGUACCUCGGAGUUUGCCCGCAGUUGCUGCGUGGGGGAAACGACAGGGGAGGUCAAUGCAGAGGUCGAUAUGGAGACCGAUGAGGAAAAUCUGCUUAAGGACAAAUUUCUCGAAAAGGUGCACGAGUUUGUAGAAAAAGUGUACGGGAAGAUGCUGCUAAUAAUUUCGCGCUUAGUUCUACUGAUAAAGCAAUACUUAGCACUUAUCAUAUGGUUAGGAGACAUCAGGCCAUUCUACCCUCUCUUUAGUUACGUGGAUGAAACAAGGAAGGUGAAAUACUCACAGGAUUUGUUCGUAAAUUUAGUGGCCUUCUUUGAGUCCUACAAUAAGUAUUUUAAUAUGAUACAAAAGGAUAAUGAAAUAGGUAAAAACAGCGAAAGGAAGAGACACGCACUGUUGGAUGGUGGCACGAGCGGUUGUUCUUUCCGACCGGGGUUCUAUUCGCCCACUGUCGAUGGUGCAUCUGUGCGGGUGGACAGAAAUUUGCGUGGAACGAACGGGUUAGAACAUGGCAAUGGAGGCAAGAAGGCGGUUAAUAACAUGUAUGGUGAUUCGCUUUUUGAUUCCUCCAAAGCGUUAAACACAGAGGUUAAAAAGAGAAAAUCGUUAACGAAUACCGUAGAUUACGCAUGCGAAGUGAAGCGCAAAAGCGUGGAAAAGGAAAGGAGACGCAGAUCUGUUAGGCAGACAAGUUUUGAAAAAUCGUGUGAGGAGGAAUUUCACCUGUCCGACUAG